GUUUUCAUCGCCAAAUAAUUUGAAUUAAUUCAAGUGAAUGAAGGGAGAAACUCAUUCCCAGACAGUAAUGAGAAGACGAAUAAAAAGGACUGAAUAGCGACGACGAGCCAGGUGAAUUCGGCAUAUGACGUCAUGACUCUUACGAAUUCAUCUCUCAGUGCGGGAAACCUAAAAGUCAAUCAAUGCCUCAUAAACGGCAACGACAACAAGCACAACAACGACAACAGCAGCUACGCCGCCAACAACACCGCGACAAAAUGUUUCGACAGCACGUCCGCAGAUUUGUCGUCGACAUUCACUUCCUUAUUCAAUUUUCUACUCUUCGUUGUCGGCUUGGCUGUUUGCUUCAGUGCAAUAAACGCCCUCUUAACUAUCAAGAAAAAAUGGCGCAAAAAAUACCAACGACACCAACAGUUGAAGUUGCAUCACCAAACGACAUUACAGAACUUUCAACAACAACAUCGACAGCAACUGCAGCCACAGCAGCACAGAUCCUCUCAGCAGCUUCUUCCACAGCUACCUAAAAAGCAUCAGCAACAGCAGCAGCUACGGAGUUUUAUUUCGCAAACAAAACAAGAAAUGAUUAUGACGUCAUCGUGUACGACUGAAAAUGGGAACCGAGUUUGCAUCCAAUUACUGACGUCAUCAGUAAUUUGUGACGUCAUACAUUCCAUGUCCUGCAUUCCUCUCUGUCUUAUUAACAAGAAAAACAACGAUAUCUACAGCCAAUUCAACUGGGUAGAUAACGUGUUCCGAGGCAUCUAUACAUUCCAUAUCUUAGCACUAGCAGUCAGCUCAUGUAAGAGGCGAAAAUGUUACGUGAAAGAUGUAAAUUUGAAAGACCUCUCGGAAGAUGUCAACGGUGAAAAUAAGCUCCAACUUCCUGAAACACUCUCCGAUGAUUCGGUGUUUGAACGGAAACCGAACAACGACACCGAGGCAACCGGUGCACCUACCAACAACCAGCCCAACAAACAACGCUCGUUGAAGACCUUGAAGGUUGGACUGAUGGUCGUCGUGAUGAUCUGGUGCUUCGGCGCGCUUCUCGGCUCACUACCCUUUCUAGUCUACAAAAUUUUUAAUUAUAAUCUCUACAAUUUGAAAUUUAAAAUACCGGAUAAAUUAUUAUUAAUUUUCUUGCUCGUUAUCUCUCAUUUAUCUCCCGCUGCUAUUUACCUCAUGGCCUGGUUUAAAAAUAGAAGAUACCAUGUGGAAAAGUUUAAAAAGUUCACAAAGAGCGAGGCUAACAAUCAGUAUUACGAAGAGAAUCAGUACAAAGAAGAGCAACUUGAACACUUGUUAAGCAAGAAAGAUGACGUUCGAACGAGCACCAGGAACCAGUCGAGAAGUUCUGGUGAAUCCAGCUUCCUUUCUUACUCACCCACCGCGCUGACCGCGUUCAAUAAGAAUGCAGAAUCUAAAAAGAAAAAGACCAAUCUUUCAACUUUGACUUUAGCCGGCAGUUUUAACAGGAAAAAUCGGGAUUUCAGUAGCAGCUGUAGUUUCAAGAAACGAUCUUCAGCAAAAUACAAAUCGCAAAGAAUGUCGCCGCAACUCGAUCGACAUCCAUCAUUAAGGUACAGUAUAAAAAGAAAACAAAGCACUGGCUUAAGUAGUCUGGCUGAUUUCGAAAAGGAUCAACACAACCAGCCGCAGCAGGAACAGCCAUCGAAAGUUCAGCAACUUCAAGGAAACACUAACUUAAGUGUUGCGAAGAGAGAUGAUGAAGCCACAAUGAAACACGUGGCAUCAAAAACAUCAAACUAUCUCAGUGUAGAAAGCAGCCCAACUGCAAAGUGUAAAAUCUAUCAAACUGUCAACACUCGCGUCGAAACUGAGAGCAGAUCAUCACGCAACACCACGAACGCGAAACAUUUCAAAGAAAAUCACAAAAGAUCAAAAAGCAAAAAAUCGCGUAGCAAAAAUAUUUCAGGACCGAGCAGUGGAGAUGACUCGGCUAAAUCUUCCAGGUCCUCGUCCAAAUCGGAUCGCAGCUCGGAUUCGUGCAGAUUCGAGGGCCAUCCUUCGCUUCGUUACAGCACGAGGAGGAAAAUUCCCAGGAGUAGGGAAGUUUUAAAUAAAUUAGCUUCCGUUGAGAAAAUUGCGUUACUGAAUAGAUCAAUUGAGGCUGAAAUGAUAAAAAUUGACGGAUGUUCAAGACAGAAAGUUUCUUCUAGAUCACCUCACUCAACAAAUUCAAGAGACGUAAUUGAUAAUGCUUUCCUGAGCCAACCAAGAACUUAUGAUAGAAACAGAUUUGGUGGGUCGAUGAAAAUAUUAGGAAACAAGCGCCGAGAUGACGACGAUAGUGAAAUUGUUAAACAACUUCUUCAUACUAGGGGUCGUAGCAGGUCGACCAGACUCAGUUUCAGAAACAUUUCAGCUUCGAAAAGUCAUAUAGAUGCGAAGAAAACCGCUAUCAUGGACAGACAUCCAUCAUUUAGAUACAGCACUAGAAGGAAACAAUUCGAAAACUCAAGAGAAAGGCCGACCGGAUCAAACUACUUUCUGAACAAAAAAAAUCAAAAAAAUAUUCCUAAGAGUCCGAGUAAAAAUUCGGAGAACAUGUCAGCGUUAGAUCCAUCAAAAGCGAAUAUUAUUAUGACAAGGUAUUUAGAAACAGCCAACUCCGAGAAAUCGAAACUUCGUCGAAUAGCCAGUUUCUACUUGAACAAAACUUUCCCGCACAUUUUCAUUCACAAGAGUAGAAGCUAUUCAAACUUAAAUCCGCAUUCGGGAAUUUCUCCGGAAAAGAAUGAUUCAGAAAAACAGACGUCAACAAAAGCGGCAAGUCCUAGUGACGUGGUCCCAGGAACUUUCCUCUCGUCAUCGGAAAGGUUAUGCGUCAGCAAGUCCAACAUCAAGUCACCCACAGUGAACAAUCUUCUCAGCGUUUCAACAGUGGAUACAGAAAUGGAUUGGAAAACGGGAAAAAAUUUGACACCGUCGAAUUCUUUCAAGCUGAAACCACCGCCGAGACCUUCAUUCAAAAGAAACCAACGACACUCAUCCGUGAACGAAACCAACAACAAUGAAAACGCGGACAGUAAAAACGACAGCGUGGACGACUCGCGAAUCAUGGCGAACGUUUUCAGCGGCGGCCACCACGGUAGAUACAUGAUACGCCACGUCACCAGACAGAUAAGCUUCUUCAGUUUGAUCUUCAAUAUUCCCCUAUCCAUCUACUUCAUGAUAUUCGUAUUCUCAAUAAACAAUUUCCCAAAAGGAAACACUUCAUGGUCUGAGUAUUUAGCACUCUACAAACUGGUCUGCAUCACGAUAUCUUACUUCGGCUGCUGUAUCAGAUGCUGUGUCAUAACCAAGGGUUCCAACACAAACAAAGAGUUGUUUCGAAAAAGCAAAUCAGCGACGCACGUAUCGUGAAAUUGUUUUUUUUUCAUUCGAAACUCGCUUGAAAGAUGAAUUUUAAAAAAUUUCAUCAAUCCGAAUAAUGAACAGUAAUAAAUUUUAAUUCAAAUUUGUAUCACGUACCGCUUGUGGUGUGUUCUACUCUUUUGGUAUAUUUCAUUACGCAACAAUGAUCGCAAUUGUAUCAAAGUUGAACUUUAGUUCAAAGAUAAUUUUUUCAAUUUAUGUUGUGAAUCCCGUAACGUGUAUAACUUGAUAUUUUUCAACAUAACAUUUCAAGAUCUUUACAUUAAAUUAAACAUUUUAAUAUUAAUAUACAUUAUUUAUUCAUUCAUUUACUUAUUUGUCUACUUAUUGACAAUGAUGUGGUUAUUCAUUCCUGCAACUGUAACAUUUCGAAUUAUUUUCAUCUAAAAAUAUUUUACUAUAA